AUGUCUACGACACCCCUAUCGCAGCCAUCCUCCAUUAGCUCAAUGUGCAGUUCCUUUAGUUCUUUUGAUGGCAGCAGCACUGAGCGCAAAAGAAAGCUUUUGAGCUUGCUAACGCAGCCUCGUGAAAAUGGUGGCUAUGGCGGACGUAUAAACUAUCACGAGUUUUCUUUGUUGGGGCACUCUCUCAACUGGACUCGUGAGGUGAUAGAAGACUGUUGGUAUGAUGUACUGCGUGGUGUUCCCACUCUGGAGGCUACGGAUAUGCAGCACGUGGCUGAUGUUGUGUGCGACUACUGCUCUCCCUCUACUUUAGUGUCCUCGAUGACUCCGCCUGUACGCCCUGACCUGGCGAAAACGGAGCUGGUCAGAGGACUUCCGAAAAGUGCGGAUUCUUCACAGUCCGGCAAGCCGGCUGUCGGUUUAGAUUCCCCGGCGCCUCCAGUUUUGGUUCACGCGGCAGCAGGGGUGCGGCCUCGUUCAUGCACAAGAACUUGUUGUAGUGGGAAUACGAACAGGAGAACCCCAUCGGCCCAGAGUGAUAAAGAAAGGUGCAGCAUUACAAGUGGGCUCCCAAAACCCAUAAGGAGGUCCAGUAAAUUGGCGCUGCGCGGUAACCAGUCACCAGGAUGCAGGCGUUACGCUGUGCAAACCGCCUCAAGCAAACUUAAACUGCGGACACGGAGUCCGUCACUAGCAGCGAGCGGCAAUGUUGGUGCAGCCCCCCGCCAGCCAACCCCUAGAAGAAACCAACCGUCACCGCGAACAGGUACCCCUAAGCAUAGUGCGGUAUUCGACCGUCUCUAUGAACAUGGGAAGAAGUUCCAAUUGGAAAGGAAAGCAUGGACUAAACCGCUAGAGGAGAUGCCUUCCUUCAAGCCAAGCAUCACGCCUUGCCGUGGCGGGCGCCACACCAAAGAGGAAAAUGCUGAUGCGCCCCACUACCACAAGCUCACUUGCUCCCACUGCGCCAAACUGAUGCAGCAGCCGGACCGACACCAUGACCCUCUGGAUGACACGCCAGCCACGGCACGUGUUGAUUUCCGUGCCCCCCCGGGGCCCUCGUGCUUUGUCCCGCCGGGUUACGUUGAGGGGGUCGCAAGGCUGCGACGCGGUGUUGCGGCCCGGCAAUUGAAUGACUUUGUGGCCGGACUACGCCAGGAUUCUUGCUCCUACCCUUUCAGGGACGGCUCUAGUUCUGCCGCUAUCCAGUGUCUUGAGGCGCCCAUUCUGAGGCUCCCACUCUACACUAUAGAAAAGGGUGCGAAAGAAUCUGUAGAUGUGCGUCUUGCAUCGCACGACGACAAGAUAUCGGGUCGCUCCAACGACGCAUACAACGACGGAAGGGUAUCAUUGGCGACACCUACCCGGCCUCGAAGUUUUUCAGCAUCAUCUUCCCACGCAAGUUAUUUCGAGCGCUUCAAAACAUAUUAA